UUUUGGAAAGGCCGAGCCAUGACGCUAGUAUGGAGCUCUGCGCUGGUCCUGCUCGCGCUCUCGAGCCGCCGCCUCGUCUACGGCGCUGGGCUCUGGGACGACCACGCCCAAGUCGACAUUGCGCUGCGUCCGGAGCUGCAGAACGUUCGCAGUGCACUCCCACCGCCACGGCCGCUGCUCCCGCGCAACCGCGCCCCUACCAUCGAGCUCACGUUUGCCACCAAUGACGACGCCGAGCGCUGCGGCCGCACCGUGCUCUCUGCCGUUUGCAAGUGCCAUGCGCGCCACGCCGCGUCGUCGGGUGACGUUCUCACGCGCAGCGCAGCGCUCUGGGCUCGCGGGUACGACUUUUACUCGGCGCCGAGUAAGAUCUUGGAGAACGUCCACGACGACGCGCUGGACGAGGACCAACCACUGGCUGCAGUGCCCCAGCCCGAGCGAACCGAGCCCUUCGCACGGACUGCGCAGGCAUACUUGGCAACCUUCUUGGGCCUCAACGCAUCGUCUCAGCUGCACGACGCCAGCGCAUGCCGGCAGCUAUACUGGGUGCCGUUCUCCGACACAUCGCACGUGCAACGUCUCGUGCAACGCCAGAUGAUCGAGCAGUCGUUCUAUGCGUACCCGCCGUACAAGGCCAAUGAGAUGCCGCUCGCGUACGGUGGAGAAAUGCCGACGACCAACGGCCUCUCGACGCUACCACCGCACGACUUUCGAACGUGCCGUCGCUUGCGACCACCGAGAUUAUGACCGUCGCGUUCGUGUGCUUUUCCAUGACGAGCUUUCUACUAGCCGUCCUCGUGCGCUACAUUCGCCGGCCGCACCAGCUGUACGGUCGCCUGGCGUCGGCGUCAUGGCGACAGCCACGCACCUCCUUUCCAGACGACGACACGUCCGACUUGCUCCUUCUGUCGUUUGACCGCGACGACGACGACGACGACGGCCAUGACCUCGAACGCUAUUGAAGGUCGGUUGCAACCACAUCUUCGUCCGUUCAAGUCUGCACAAUCCAUUCGACCGAGUGGAUAAUUCACGGCAAUACACGUCCUA